CGCGGCGGGGCCGCCGACCCCCCCCCUGCCGCAGCGGCGCUGCCCACCGAGGCUGCGGCACGGCCGGCCCCGCCGCCCGGCAGAGGAGGGGCAGAGCCGCAGCCGUUCCUCCCUCCCUCCCUCCCUCCCUCCCUCCCUCCCGAGCCUCCCUCGGGCACAGAGCCGCGCCGAGCCGCAGCGCAGGAUCGCCGUGGCGGUGAGUGAGGGCGGCACGGCCUGCCCGGGGGGGCCGGGGGAGCGGGGAGAGCACCUUGCGGCAGCCCCGGGACCGAGAACCGCAGCCGGAGCCCCUGAACCGGAGCCCCCGAAGCGGUUCCCUGAGCCCCGAAGCGCUCCCGAAGCAGCCGUGGGGCCGCCGGAGGUGUCAGGGCACCCCGCGGGUGGUGUCACGCCUCACACCGCUAUUUAUCCCCAGCCCUUCGCAGGUUUGUAAAGGCAAAGAACAGCUCUGAACUAUCUGAGGAUGGAUAAAGACUUCCGCUACUACUUCCAGCACCCGUGGUCUCGCUUAGUUGUGGCUUACUUAGUGAUCUUCUUUAACUUCUUAAUAUUCGCUGAGGAUCCAGUGUCUCACAGCCAGACAGAAGCCAAUGUUAUUGUUGUCGGUAACUGCUUCUCCUUUGUAACAAAUAAGUACCCCGAAGGAGGAGGCUGGAGAUGUCUGAAGGUGCUCCUGUGGUUGCUUGCCAUUCUCACAGGACUGAUUGCUGGGAAAUUCCUCUUCCAUCAGCGUCUGUUUGGUCAGUUGCUCCGUCUGAAAAUGUUUCGAGAGGACCACGGGUCUUGGAUGACAAUGUUCUUCAGUACCAUCCUCUUCCUCUUCAUUUUUUCUCACAUUUAUAAUCUGUUCCUCAUUAUGGAAGGGAAUAUGAGUGCAUACAUUAUAACAGACUUCAUGGGCAUCAGGAAUGAAAAUUUUAUGAAGGUAGCUGCAGUUGGGACUUGGAUGGGAGAUUUUGUCACAGCAUGGAUGGUCACUGACAUGAUGCUUCAGGACAAACCCUACCCAGACUGGGGAAAGUCUGCCAGAGCUUUCUGGAAGAAAGGAAAUGUUAGGAUCAUUUUAUUCUGGAUGGUUCUAUUUACCCUGACCUCUGUAGUUGUGCUUGUCAUCACUACUGACUGGAUCAGCUGGGACAAGCUGAAUCGUGGAUUUUUGCCAAGUGAUGAGGUCUCAAGAGCAUUCUUGGCUUCUUUCAUCUUGGUGUUUGACCUUCUUAUUGUCAUGCAGGACUGGGAGUUUCCACAUUUUAUGGGUGAUGUUGAAGUGAAUCUGCCAGGCUUGCCAUCUGCACACAUGCAAUUCAAAGUACCAUAUUUCCAAAAGAUCUUCAAAGAGGAGUAUCAUAUACAUAUAACAGGCAAAUGGUUUAACUAUGGAAUUAUCUUUCUUGUUUUAAUCUUGGAUCUAAAUAUGUGGAAGAACCAAAUAUUUUACAAACCUCAUGAGUAUGGCCAAUAUAUUGGUCCUGGACAGAAGAUCUACACAGUGAAGGACUCAGAAAGCUUGAAAGACCUUAACAGAACUAAGUUAUCUUGGGAGUGGAGAUCCAAUAACACUAACCCUUUGACCAACCGGACCUAUGCCGAAGGAGACAUGUUCUUACACAGCAGAUACAUAGGCUCUAGCCUUGAUGUCAAAUGCCUGGCUUUUAUUCCGAGUUUGUUGGCUUUUGCUCUGUUUGGUUUCUUCAUCUGGUUCUUUGGGCGAUUUCAGAAAACUGACCAAGGCAUGGAGAAUUUAGACAAAUCAUACACAAGAAUGAAACGAAAGUCACCAUCAGAUAUGGGAAUGACACGAGAAAAUACACAGGUGUUAGUAGAAGAACCAUUAAGUUUUCAAGAACCUCAUCUUGUAUCCAUAAAAUCAGACUUAAGUGAAAUAGUUUUCAAUUCUUCUCUCCUCACUUCUGAAAACUUGAACGCACAAUUGAAUGAACAAGAAAGCCCUUUACAGCCAGUACCAGAGUCCUCUGUCCCUAAGAGUAAUCCUCCAGCAUAGAGGCAAAUACCCAGGAAAAAUAAAUAAGCAGUUGCUGUAAUAGUUCAGUUUUACCUUUUGUAAGAUAAGAUUUACAUAGUGUUUAGACUAAGAAAUUCAACCUAUACCAAAAGGUGCUCAGCAUGCUUUUUCUAGGAUUUUUUUUUUUUUUAUUUGUAUUAUAGUACGUGCCUACUGUAUAUCUAACAUUCCUUUAUAGAUUGCUUCCCAAAAUUGCACAAGCUAUUUAUUAAUACAUUACCUUAACUGUACAAUAGUGUAUUAGAUGAUUACUUGCAGGUAUAAAAUUCUACCGUGGUGGUGCCUUGAGACAUUAAACUGUUUUUUAACUCAACACCAGAUGUAUAGCACAGUUCUUCUAAUCUAUUUUGCAAAGCUUUUUGUAUAAGGUUAUUUUCAAGUAUCAUUUGAUGUCUUAACAGAGGAGAUAAAUGCAAUUAUUCCUUAAGAAGGGUUUCUGUUAGGACAUCACAACUUGACUUUGUUAUUUACUCAUCUGUGGAGCCAGUGACUUUGAUGACCGGACUGCAGAGAAGCAUGUUGAUUACCUUUUAAUUUUUGCUGGCUAGCUGCCAAACACAAAUACAGAUUCAUUAUGCAGUAAACACAAGAGCGAUAAUACAGCAUGGGUCACUACUUACAAAAAUGUGACUUUCUCCAUCAGUAAUAGCAAUUAUGUGAUAAUGCCUAAUUAUAUUUUUCAUAAUUAAAGAUAAACUGCUCCUUGAUUAAAAAUUCUGCCCUUCACCUUUUAGAAACGGAGGUGAAAAUACACCCUUAAAGCAACUUUUUCCAUCAUCCCACCAAACCUAUGUAAUAUCAAAGAGCCAGUGGAGUGCUUACAGUAAAGGACGCAGAGCCCGUUAAAUCCAGUAUUCGUAUGCUUCGGUGCAGAUGUUGUCUGGGUAUACACGAAACAUACAUAUGAAACACGCCACACAUGGACAGUCUAAACAUGCUGCAGAAAUGUUUUGGGGUAUUAAUUAAAAUGGAUUUAUACUUGAAAUGUCUUGUAACCUUUUCUUUCUUCAUUCGUUAUCCACGAGUAAAAGUAACCUGGAAGCAGAAACAUGGCAAAAGUGUUUAUUUUGCUUUUUUGAAGGGGACUCUGGAAUGUGAAUUCUUCUGCUGUAUGAUCAAGCAACAUGCACUAGAGAAAGUGCAUAUCUAAAACAUCAGAAAGACUCUGAUAUGCCUCUAAUUUAGUUCUAUAAAUUGUUGUUACAAGUUACUAAAUAAUAAGUCAUUUUUAAGCCUGAAUUAUUUCCCUGUCAUUUACUGGUGUUGCUGUAUUUUGUCUUUGUGACUUUUUUAUCUCCAUUGUUUUGAUCUAUCUGCUUUUAAGUUUUUGGAAUGCUGGAUUUAGCAUGCAUAAUAGAACUAUGCAUUUAUUAACUGUCAGUUGAGAGUCAAUUUUAAUAAACAUCAUUCGACAAUUGUUUAUUAUGAGGCAGGAACAUAUUCUAUUAGUUUUGAAGUUCGCUUAAAAAAAAUACACAUGCAUUGUCCUAUUUAAAAUCACAAAUAUUUCUGGCACUAGAAAAGAUAGACAGUAUCGCAGUAAAGUCAAAAUCAAAUAUUUUGUUUAUGGACCAUUUAGUAUUUCAUCAGGCAAAAGUUUACUUUAUAAUCAGACUAAAUAUUUAUCCAUUAAAAAUAUGGCUAAGAAUAAAUCUAUUAGCUUUUGCCUAUUACAGCCUAUAAAUUUGUUUAAUUGACAAUAUAUAACCAAAGACAAACCAUUAAUUACUAACGGUAAAACACUAUGAGAUCCCACCUGUAUUAUGUAAGAGGUGACUAUAUUGAUGCUUGACUUUCAAGCAGAAUUUGAUUUAAAAGUCAGAGCAUUUGUUAAGUAGUUACAGAAAUAGCUGGUUGAUUUUGCAGAUACAUGCUGCUCUGUAUGUUUUGGGCACUAUAAACCCAAGUACUGAAAAUCUCCCAUUAGUCUGUUUCUCUUUUUGUGCAUGGGAGUGGUUAAAUCCAUUAAUAUGUAGGCAGAAAAUGAAAGACUUACUUGAGCCUUACAGCCUGCGUGAUGACAUGACUCUGAGAAAACUGCUAUUAAGCAACUGAUCCACAGCUAAAAUAAUUCUGUGACCUCACAUUGAGUUAAUGCUUUUAAGGCCCUUGCAAGCCUGCAUGAAAGUGAGAAAAACAUCAAAUAAUCUAGAUUUUGCAGGAGUAUUUAAAUUAAUGGUCAAGCAGAGAGACUGCUUACAACAUGAAUUCUUAAGAAGUGAAAAGACUCAGUGUAGCCACUCACCACAGUCAACUCGUCAAUUUAAUUAGAGGAGGAAGGAAUCCUCCGUUGUGUGGGAGCCUCAUUUGUAAACACAGACACAGAUGAGAGAGGAGAGGAGUGUUUCCACUCUCUGCUUUCAGUAUCUAGUCUGAGAAGCCUGAGAUAGGUAACUAGACUUACCCUGAGACUUACGUCAGUUUAGCUCGUCUGCUCCUGUAAACUGACUGCCAGUAGUGGCUGGAGUACGUUUCAGCCAAAUCUCAUUCAUGUGCAGAGACCACACAAUUUGAAACAGGG